CCCCCCCCCCCAUUGCACAGCUGCUAUCAAGCUGUGUGAAUUCUGCUUGUAUGGGCCUCAUGGAUGCAGGGCUGCCCCUGAAUUCCUUGUUCUGCGGCGUGACGUGUGCUUUGGACGCAGAGGGCGUUAUCACUCUCGACCCCACGAUCAAGCAAGAAAAGGAAGCUCGCGCGGUGCUGACCUUUGCUAUAGACAGCCCUGAGAAGAAGGUAUUGAUGUCCAACAUCAAGGGGACAUGCUCUGUGGAAGAGCUCCAGCAAUGCAUCGCAACUUCGCAACGUGCCGCGGACACCAUCUUCCAGUUUUACCGGGAUUCUGCUCACAGGAAGUAUUCCAAGUGGUGACUCCGCCCCCAAAUGGAACAGAAUAAAGACUGGCUGUUAAUGGACACAGGCUGUGCUGGCUGGAUCAUUUCUCUCCUCUGCCUUCUGGCUGGCGCAUCCUUCAUUCCAAAGGUCAAGGAGGUGUGAUUGAAUCGCUGACAAACUACAGGUCGGGAUUGCAAGGUGCUGGAAAUAUGUGUCUGGAAGUAUCCACCAGACCUUCAUUAGAAGAAGCAAGCCUUUAUUGGCAUAGACAACAGUACAACAGUAAUAAAAAAACAAAUUAAAAAGCA